GGGUUCUUUCGGCGUAGUAUUCAGAAGCAAAUCGAGUACCGGUGCCUACGCGACGGCAAGUGUCUGGUCAUCCGCCUGAACAGGAACCGGUGCCAGUUCUGCAGAUUCAAGAAGUGCCUAGCUGUUGGCAUGAGCAAAGACUCCGUACGAUACGGCAGAGUACCGAAGAGACCCCGAGAGCCCUCCGCAGCAGACAGCCUGCCCGAACCUUCCAAGCGACCGGUCCACACCAGCGCCACCACGAUCCCCCCCACGGAUCCUUUGGAAGCACAGCUUUUAAGGCAAGAAAUGUCGAGGGAAUUAGUAAAACUCAUCACCGCUGCCCACCGCGGCACCAAUACUUACAGCGAGGAAAUACGGGCCUCCCUGGAGCAGCACCCCAUCUCCAUCCGUGUCGAGGAGUCGGAAGGUGAAGGUAGCGGCGCCGAGGACGCCGCCUCCUCGACCACGGACCGCGCCACGGACGCGCGCUCCGUGCUAUGGCACAACAUCGCUGUCCGCAUGACCCCGGCUGUUCAACAGGUCGUCGAGUUCGCGAAACGUUUGCCCGGCUUUCACGGCUUACCCCAGGAUGACCAGUUGAUAGUCAUCAAGCUAGGGUUUUUCGAGGUCUGGCUGACUCGCAUCACCGGGCUAUCAACUCCAGACCGCAUCAUGUUUGAGGACGGCACCAUCUUCACCCACGCCCAGCUAGCUACCAUCUAUGACGCAACGUUCGCGACGGCCAUGCUGACGUACAUUUGGAACAUACAACGACUCUGUAUGACCGAGGAGGAGAUGGCAGUAUACACCGGCACCCUGCUCCUCUGCCCACAACGCGCUGGACUCAGCGCCGCGGACCGAAUUCAAGGGCUACAGAACGCCAUGAACGACGCGCUCCAGAACAUUCAAGCUGCAACGCACGGCGGGCCGGAGGCUGUGGCAUUAUCCCAGGCGCGCUACGAAGCCUUCGCAGCAGCCAGGAAUGAGGUGCGGCAGCUGGGCUUCCGACACAACGUGCUGCUGGCCUGGCCACGUGAGCACUGGCAGCGUCUGCUGCUGCCCCCAUUAUUUUCCGAAAUAUUCGACAUCCCGAAACGGGACGAAGACGCAAACGGGGAUUCUGCCGCCACUUCACCGGGCCCUGUGCCCAGGUCCCCCCAGUCCCCGCACUCGUCACACCCCCCAGUCCCGCAAUUAGGAUAACUUAAAAAAAAUCAAAGAGAACGCCAAUACUAAUAAAGGCAUGACUGAUAUGAUUAUAUUAUUAUUGGUAUUAUCAUUAAAGGUUUAGAAUAACUAGCGCCAAAGUUUCGCAGAAACUCUAGGGAUAGUUAUUGUAAUUGUAUUAUUCCUAAGAACUAAUAUGACCACUAAAAGUAUUAAAAUAUUUCUAACACGAGUUUUGUAAACAAAGAUUGUAUAUUCUGGCAGCUAUUCCGAUAGGCUGUCGUGCAAUGUUUAUGUACACGAUCUCGACGAUGACAUUGUGAUCUGAGAGUGAGCUAGCAUGGUUGGUUGGUUGGCACGCCGACCUUGCCGUAGGUAAGUUAGUCCAACGCACGACUUAGGAGCUAUCGUAUCGACCCCAUAUAGGAAUCACCAUACAUAUCGUUCUGCAACAUGUAAUGUUAUGAUUUUACUUUUAACGUUAUUUAUUUAAAAUGUUCCUUGUUUUAGAUUAUCUUCAUUUUAAUCAACUAAGAGUUAAGUUAGGUACCUACUUGUAAUUCUUUGAAACUUCAAAUUGUCAUAAUGCUGGUUGUUUGCUCGUAUCGUAUCUACCUAAUAUAAGUUGUAUGUAGUACAUUUAAGUUUCAAUUAAGUUUUGAUUAAUAAACCUAUUGCAUCUUGAGUUAAUUGCUAAAAUUA